ACAAGUUCGGAAGUUUAUUAUAAUAUCAUCAAGAGUUUCUGAAAAUCAAUAAUUUAUUUUAUAAUCAAAGUUCAAUCAAAAGACAUACGUGUGUUGAGUUGUUGAAGUCCUGGUGCAUUGAAGCUGUAGUAUUUUAUUAUUAAAUGAUUGAAUUUUAAUAUUUUCGGCAUUUCUUUCGGUUCAUUAAUAUCUCCUGAGAACUUCUUGAAAAUCCACCGCAUUGGACCGAAAGUAGACAGUGAUUGCUACACACCUUUGCAACAAACAUUUCUUGAAGAAGAAAACGAAUCGCUUUAGAACUUUCAGUGUCAAAAAAAAAUGAGAAAAACGCGGCAAGCCGCAGAAUUUUCGGAACUGAAGGACAUAGUACAUCAGCUUCGUGUAUCUGAUCUGCAACAACUACUCGGCGACAAUAAUAUUAGCCGAAGUGGCCGCAAAAGUGAACUCAUUGAACGUGUAUUGACACUAGUUCGUCAAAAUAUAUCAGCUUUAAAGUACAAAGUUCGUGAUCUACACAAAAAAGCCCAAGCAGAGGCAGAAGCCUUAAAAACUGCUGCAGAAGCCCCAUCGGCAAUAACCACUCAACCAAUACAACUUCCUAUUCUUCCUCCUGAACCACCAGUCAUCGCACGCGUGACACCCAGCAUGUAUCAGCAGCAGUAUGCAAACACCGUACAGAACGACAACCGUAGUGGGCAGGUUCAUGCCAACGGAAUUGUUCCCAUUCCAUAUCCUGAAACGACCCCCAAUCCAGGGUAUCCAAUACAUCCUGAUGUCAAAUUAAAAAAGCUGGCAUUCUUCGAUGUGCUUGCUACAUUAUUGAAACCAGCAACAUUGGUUCCCAGUAAUACCACACAGCGCAUACAAGAAGGUUCAUUCUUCUUCCAUUUAACUCCUCAACAAGCAACUGAUAUUGCGACUAACAGAGAUAUUCGAAAUGCAAAUAAAAUCGAACAUACUAUACAAGUCCAGUUGCGGUUUUGUCUGUUGGAGACAUCUUGCGAACAGGAAGAUUAUUUUCCUCCUAACAUUGUGGUAAAAGUAAACAACAAGCUAUGUCCACUUCCUAACCCAAUUCCAACAAACAAGCCCGGUGUGGAACCGAAACGUCCUCCUCGGCCCGUAAAUAUUACACCAAAUGUUAAGCUCUCUCCGCUGGUGGCGAAUCACAUUGCCGUUUCUUGGUGCACGGAGUACAAUCGAGGUUAUGCUGCAGCUUGCUACCUUGUACGUAAGCUGACAUCAUCUCAGCUCCUUCAGCGUAUGAAGACAAAGGGUGUAAAAUCGGCAGACUACACACGCGCUUUAAUCAAAGAAAAAUUGAAUGAAGAUGCCGACUGUGAGAUUGCCACAACCAUGUUAAAAGUUUCUUUGGUUUGCCCGCUUGGAAAGAUGCGAAUGGCAACACCUUGCCGAUCUUCGACUUGUUCGCACUUGCAGUGCUUCGAUGCGUCACUCUACCUACAGAUGAACGAGCGCAAACCAACCUGGAAUUGCCCGGUAUGCGAUAAGCCGGCUAUCUAUGAUAAUCUUGUAAUCGACGGCUAUUUCCAAGAAGUUCUUGCAUCCAACAAACUCUCCGGUGAGGAUAAUGAGAUUCAACUACACAAGGAUGGAUCAUGGAGUACCCAUGUGAAAAGUAACGAUACUUGUAGUUUAGAUACACCUAGCAAACCGGUCCAAAAAGUUGAAGUCAUUUCGGAUGACAUUGGUUAGUAUGUUAUUAUAGAGCUUUUUCGUAGACUACAAUCAAAUCAAACACAUAUUUCACAUCUCAUAACCUUCAUUUUUAUGUAAAACAAGCACUGAGAUAGCUUAAUAAUUAUCAAAAUUAUUAAGAAAAUUACAUAAAAACUUAGCAAAAUAUGAAAAUUGUACAACCGUUUUUUGUGUGAUACAUCCAGCCAUCUAUCCAGUUUUCCACGCUUGGCAGCCUGUAUGCUGUAUGAAUAAAUGUAUCCUUUACAGUGGUUUUUUACUAACGGGUUGUUUACAUGCUGUCGUUUGUAAACCCAUGGUUAUAAGCAUGAUGUAAACAGUUGUUCGGUGCUGAUUAACAUUGACACAUUUCUGACUUGACCACUUUAAUCGGAUUACACCAAUUUUGGUUAAUCAGCAUUAUGAACCAGAACAUAUGUAAACAGGCUAUAAGGGCCGUUUUCUUCACCAACUCCGCUUGUUUGCUCCGUCACAAAUGCAAAUGUCAUACCUAAAAUCGCAAUAUUUUCCGAGAUCUACUCCCUAGAAAACUCGAAGUGACAUUGCAAGCCGAUGAUUUGUGGAUCGUAUCACCUUAAAACAAUCUGGAACAACUUAAAUACCUCGAAAUUUGAUAGUGGCCCUUAUUACCGAUGUCACUUCACGGUGAAGUGACAACUUAUCACUCACGGUGAAGUGAUUCCCAUUUGAUUUACACGGCAAUCACUUCACCGUGAGUGACAACUGGUCACUUCACUUCGUUUUCACCGUGAAGUGACACCCGUAAUAAGGCCCAGUGUUGAUCUAUCAAUAACUCGGUAAACCUGAUUUACGCUAAGCCUCACUUAAAUUUAAACGACACUUUUAAGACUCGCUUAAAAAUGUAAUUUCUUCACGUUAGCUUAGCCAUUUCAGGCUUUCGCUACCGUAAGCCCGGCUUAGCGAAUUUUCUAAUACAUUAUUAACAUCAUUUUAAGCCGACGUGGGUUUCACUGUUGAUUGCACUGCACAUUAGAAUUGUAAACUACCCGUUUGAAAUUUAUUUGAGUGGGGGAAAUGGAUGUAAUGUCGGCCUAAAGUCCCUUAUUUGGGCCCAUACAUAAAU